AUGCUUUUUCAGUGGAAUCUUCUGUUCCCUGCCUGGUGGCUUCUCUCGGUUCAAACGACGUUCCUGACAGGAGAACACUCCGAGGGACCCUCGCGUAGACCGUUACAUUCUGGUUUAGAGGGAAUCCUGCUAGGACGUUCCUUAAGUGCGUCUGUGAGUUGGGAAUAUGGCCAACAAGGAGUUCUCGGGGAGUAUAGUGAUGUCGAAGAGUUUUUGAGGACAACCGUGUCGCUUCAAAGGGAUGAGGAGCUAGCAAGAAUGAAGGUUACCCCGUCGACGUCUUCUGUGACUAACGGAUCUAUAGUCCUCGAUUCUCCAACUGGACCAUCCAACACUGGGAACAGCACUCCACCUGUAGCCACUGGAAGAGCAGGAUGGACUGUUUCAACAAAAGCUUCAUUUGAGGAAUUGGUUACAAUAAUGGAAGAGUCCACAGAAGCAGAAAGAGAUGAUGACCAGCAAGUCCCAAAACCCAGCGAUCCUCUCCAGACAUCGGCCCCAACCUACGCAACAGCAUUUCCAACCUGGACUCCCAUGUUCCAAGAUGAAUUUCCACCCAGUGAUGCCCUCAGGCCCUCUCUGGAUCAUAGCUCUGCCCUUUUCGUUCCUCUGUAUUCAGACUGGAACACAGCCCUUGCAACGUGGGGAUUUGCCUGGGAAGCGCACAUCUACGGUCUCGGAUCCAUCUUCACAGUGUUCGGCCUGAUCUCGGUGGUCUCCCUGUUGGGCCUGCCGUUCCGCUGUCCGUCCGGAAGCCCCUACUUCAUCCUGCUGCACGUGUUCCUUCUGGGAUUUGCAGGAACGCAAGCUUUCUGCUUGCUUUACGACGCGUACAGACACCAAGAUCGCCUACCCUCUCUGAGCUCACUCCUGUUCUCCCAGCUUCCCUUCCCUUGCUUGAUAUCUGCCUUCUCCCUGGCCUUCUUCCUUCUGUCUCUGCGCUCACGCAAGCGUCUUUCCCUUUCGCUCGCCAUCUCCCCUUCGUUGUCAGCCCUCCCCAAGCCGUGCCUCCUGCUGGUUUUAUCCCUGGUGCACUUUGGUAUCUCUCUCGGCUGCGUUGGCAUAUUGCAUCUAUUUCACAGCCUCCCCGUUAUGAUUCUCCUGCUCCCUCAAGGCGUUUUUGUGUGCUUGACACUCUUCCUCUCAUGCUCCUACGUUAUCUUUUACUGUCUUAUACAAGUGGACACCAAACAUAUCUACAGGCUUGACGACAACGGUGAGUGUGGAGGAUCUCCUGAAGUGAUGCGACAUGCGAGUUGUCCCUUCGCCAAAGCAGAAGACUGGGGUCGGGCGGCAGGGGCCGGAGUCGGGGCAGCCUUGUGUUUGCUAGGAUGCGGAGGCCUGCAGCUCUACGGAAUCUUGCACGCCCUCGGUUUGGGCGGGGUUGAAACCUACGGCUUUCUGCCCUGGCCCUGGUGGGGCUACCAGAUCGGAUGUCGACUCUGCGAGGCCGGAACCUGCCUCGGUUUGUCCCUCAUCGGUACGCAUCCUCUAUUCUGUCACAAAAAGUCUUUCAAGGCUCGCCCCAAACCGGGCUCUUGGUCUCGACUAUCCUGCAGCCCGCCCUCAUGUGGACAUGCGAAUUCCCCUGUAAUCUCCUGGUCUCAAGACAAACCGGAGAAGUCGCUACUUGGCGAUGCCGAAAAGGGACAAUCAGAGGUUCUUCCUCUAGGCUCGAUAAUAGAUUCUCCCGGAAAAAGACUUGCCUGUAUCUCUUCACCAACCCAACCGCAGACUGCUUUUCUAGCUAAACCCACUAGCCCGUCAACCAAAACUAAAAAUUUCCAGCUAUCCUCGCUAAGUUACGGCGCUGACUCCACAGUGGACCUCCGCCCUCCAUCUCCCAUAGAUUUGUCGCGGAGUAUUGACCAAGCUCUCUUUAGCGAAUCUCUAUUCAGACACAGUAUUUUCGGCUCGACAAGACUCUUCCCUAGUUCCUCGAGCCAUUCGCUGGGCUCUCCUGAGCAAAAAAGAUCUGCCUCAACAGAAAUCUCACUUUACCGAACCUCCUCCUGCAGCGAUCUGAAUCAAGAAUCCGACUCUAAACCUUCCCAGCCUCAUGGUAUACUAAAAUCACGUGAAACAGAGAAGUCUGACUGGAAAGAAAGCGUCUCUGGAUCAACUCUGGGCUUGUGCAGCAAACCCAGGGAGAUCAGGAAGUUGCGUUCCAAUUCCUGGGCCAACAGAGGGCAAAGCUUGGCGCACAACAGCAUCCCGCGCACAAUCCCUCAGUUGUCCUACCACAGACGCUACCGGACCUUGAGCGUGACCUCUAAGGACGGGCAGGCGUUCGAACGCCUGGCGGGGACGAAACAUCUGAGUGAGAGCAAGCAGCUGGAGUGGGAUUUGGCCGUGCAGGCAGAGUUUGUCGACGUAUGCCGGCAAAUAGACGCUUUUAGCAUUUGCAGUGACACAAUUGAACUCUAA